AUGUCUGGGUUACUUACUCCCAUACCAGGAGAAUCCAAAAAACGUGUGUGCUAUUUCUUUGAUUCAGAUGUGGGAGGGUUUCACUAUGGCCCGGGGCACCCAAUGAAACCCACCAGAAUACGGAUGUGCCACUCUUUAGUUAUGAACUAUGGGCUAUACAAGAAAAUGGAGAUUUUCCGUGCCAAACCUGCGAAUAAACGAGAGAUGUCACAGUUUCAUACGGACGAAUAUGUCGAGUUUUUGAGCAAGAUCACACCGACCAACAUGAACAACUUUGUCAAAGAACAGCUAAAAUACAAUGUUGGGGAUGAUUGCCCUGUGUUUGAUGGGCUGUUCGAAUAUUGCUCGAUUUCGGCUGGUGGUUCCAUGGAGGGUGCGGCACGCCUCAGCCGAAACAAGUGCGACAUCGCGGUAAAUUGGGCAGGGGGGUUGCACCAUGCUAAGAAAGGUGAAGCCAGCGGCUUUUGUUACGUCAAUGAUAUCGUGCUUGGGAUAUUGGAACUCUUGAGAUACCACAAACGAGUUCUUUAUAUUGAUAUUGAUUGCCAUCAUGGAGAUGGUGUUGAGGAAGCGUUUUACACUACCGAUCGCGUUAUGACGGUUAGUUUCCACAAGUAUGGAGAGUAUUUCCCUGGUACUGGUGAACUCCGGGAUUUGGGUAUAGGGAAAGGAAAAUACUAUUCGUGCAAUUUCCCACUUCGAGAUGGUAUUACCGACGAGAAUUAUAAGAGCGUGUUUGAACCGGUUAUAACUCAAGUUAUGCAAUCAUACGACCCUUCGGCAGUGGUCUUACAAUGCGGAACCGACUCGCUAUCGGGUGACAAACUCGGUUGUUUGAAUCUUUCUAUGCGGGGACAUGCGAACUGUGUCAAGUUUGUAAAGUCUUUUGGACUUCCGCUUCUUCUGCUUGGGGGUGGAGGAUAUACCAUGCGUAAUGUUAGCCGAUGUUGGGCCUUUGAGACAGGUCUUGCUGCGGGUGUGAACUGGGAAGCGAAAUUCCGAUAUUCCUCGAACCGCGACGAUUAUGCUGAUGAUAAUGCUGAUGAGGACAUGGACGAUCCCAAUGAACGAAUCCCAGUGGUGAGACAACGACAAAAGAUGAUCCAGCCCGAUAUGGAGCUCUCAGACUCAGAAGAUGAGGGCGAAGGCGGACGCAGGAAUCACCAGAGUCACAAAUCUGCGGGAAAGCGGCGCAUCAGGAAAGACACCUGA